AUGCCGUCAUCGUGCAAAGAUAUAAGACAGGAGCUUAUCGACUGCCUACUUAAGUCAAAGUGCGUUCUUGAACAGCGUAACACAGUCAAAGAGUGUCUAAAGGCGGAGCAUGCGAAAGAUGUACCACUAGAGUGUCAUAGUAUCCGUAAGAGUCUAUUCGAAUGUCGUAGAGGAUUGAUUCAUCUCCCCAACACCUAUCUCAUAGCGAGCCAAAAUAAAGAAGAAAUGGCCGUUAGUAUAGCAAACUAUCAAUCAGACAAAAAUAUAUCUACUAUAGAAUACGAUAACGAGAAUAUCUCGCUGGUCAACUUCCUUCCUCAGCAAAGCAUUCAACGGCGACCCAUCUACGACGCGGUAGUUCAGCAAACAGAGAUACCUCCAGUUCCGGUGCCAGCAUUGGUACACCAAAAGAAUAACAUGCCCCCAACGACAACAUCACAACUUGUGCAGGCGCAGGUGGAUAUAGAAGUCACAAAUGAGAUAGAACAUGUACAGACUAAACAAGACUUGCUUGACGAGGUGGAAGAGAAUGAUUCUCAGUGCAUUCCAGAAUCCUCGUCUGUCGGGAACGACCUGAAACAAAAAACCCAGCGUUUCCGUCAAUCGGCGGCCAUGGGAUCUAACACUGAUUUGCGAAAACAAAUAUAUAAAGAUAAAGACCAGUCUUUUACCCAUAAACUGCGUCGCGUCUUUAGCCUGACAAAUCUCAAGAAGGAUGAGAAUUCGCACUCUGAUAAUUUCUCAACAUCACUAUCUAGUAAUUCUUCGUCUUUAUCACAAAAUCAACAAUCACAAUCGAAUUUGAAAUUCUCAUCCCUUCGCGGUAAGAAAGCUCGCCCGCAGACCGAAAUUUUUCACAAGAAACCCUCGUUUUCUUCUAUUGUGGUUACGACUUCCGCGGCUCCCAUAACUCCCGUCGCUUUCAAUCAUACAGAAGUACCAAGCAUAGUCUCACCAUUCUCUCAGGCAUAUGAAAAUCCUGCUGUCCGUAAUAUCAAACCUGAUUCGUCGCGUCGAAAAUCGUUUAUCGAUUUUCCAUCAAUUUUUACCAAAGAUAAAAAAAGCCACAAGAAUCAGGAUGUUGAUAAUAACAACCAGAAGCCGAAUGAGAAGAAUAGAGAGAAGGAAGAGAAAACUGGUAGUCUGGUUUACGAAGAUAUGAAGACAUUCCGUCAGGGACAAAUCCCACCAAGAUCGUCAUCGAUGCCGUCAGGAGUUGAAUAUCAUUACCAACAAUCAAUCCAACCUCAGUCCUCAAUUGUCCAAACAUUUGGGACAGAGUUUGGAUCUACGGCUUCCUCUUCAGAUUCAAUUUCGGAUGAAGAUGAACUUAACGAUGUGCCAUUGAGGCCGUUCUCGCAUUUGCCGUCCCAGCAGCAGCAGCCAAUAUCCAAUGCUCCAGGAAGACGUUUCUCUUCUUUUCUUCCAUCUAUGGCAAGGAACGAUAGCUCCACCAAUAAUGACAGAAUACCCUAUAGUCCCUACUCGAACCGGUUCUCUCAGGCUUCAAGAUCCGUCCCUUCAUUGGGUGCUGUAAGGGAUACAGAAAUCUGUCGAUCUUCUGAGACGCCAACUUUGAAGAAGUUGAAGUUUUCGUCAACCAUUUUCGUACAUGAGACUUGGACUCGGGAUGACUAUGAUAGAAGAGGAGAUCAAACAACAUGUAACAAGUUGACUCCAGCGUUGGCGCAGAAGAUUAAACAGGAACUGAAUGAAUACAAGAUGGCCGAAAUGGAAGUGCACGAGGAUAGUAGGCAGAAUACUCAUUUCUUUGCGUAA